GCAAUGGAGACACAAUCUCUGUGUUGGUUAAGAAUUAUAUGAAGAACGGUGAAGGGACGUCCAUCCAUUGGCAUGGCUUGCCCCAGAGAAACUCGCCUUAUAUGGACGGUGUCUCGAUGGUAACGCAGUGUCCUAUCAGCGAAUUCACGAGCUUCAGAUACGAAUUCAUCGCAGAGCAUCCUGGGACGCACUGGUGGCACGCGCAUUCUGGCAUGCAUCGCGCAGAUGGUGUGUAUGGUGCACUUAUCAUUCGAGAGCCUCGUGAGGUCGACAAACAAAGCGCCCUUUUCGAUUAUGACCUGUCAGAACACGUGAUCCUCACACACGAUUGGCUCGAUCAGACGACACUCGACAAGUUUGCCGCGCACCAUUUCGAUAACGGUAACAACAGACCUGAGUCAGUGUUGAUCAAUGGAAAGGGACGUCGGCAAUCGUAUUAUAAUGUAACGGGUCAAAAUGACACCGUUUCUGAGGCAUUGUAUACUGCACGAGAAGUCUUCAAUGUCAAACAGGGUUUUCGAUAUCGAUUCCGUGUCAUCAGCAAUGCAAUCACCAAUGCUGCCUUGAAGGUGAGCGUAGAUGGUCAUAAUUUAACCAUCAUUGCUAGCGAUGGAGGCGACAUCGAACCUGUGGACGUUGACGCAUUUGUCAUAUAUGGCGGUGAAAGGUAAGCUCAUUUCGAUAAACUUCAUCAGGUCAUUAUUAUUAUCAAUAUGUGCUAUAUCAAUUGGCAAAGAAAACCAAUUAAUACUUUAAUAAAACCCGGAAAAAAUACAACCACUGGAACCCAAGGAAUGAAAAAGAAUAGUUUAAUAACACGAGACUGAUGCUUUGUCUUGACUCUAGUAAAAGCAAACAUAAGAAAGAAGUAAAAUAGUGAAAUCAUAAUAACAAUAGGCCAUAAAGACUUUUGACGACUGCGUUCGGGUGGCGGGAUUGGAUUGCAGUAGAGUGGCCAUGGCCGCCAAAAUCACCAGACGUCGCAGAUUUCAAGGAAAAGACCCGUAUUUCACUAACUUGUCCCGCGUCACGUACGACUCUGCCAUUGACACGAUUUUUUGGGGUCAGUAUUUGUGUUCCCGAUAAAGGAGGGCAGUAGAAUAACGAUAUAAAAUGCUUUUUUUAGUCUUUGAAUAAGAUUACAAAUCUUCGACUUGUAUUCCACAUCAUCUUGCACCCCUAUUCCUAAGUCUUUGUCUUUUGUAUUAUUUCAUGAACAAGAUGCGUAAAAUUUCAAUACACUGAUCUAAAAGGGAACUAGUAAUGACAGUUUGCAGCGACUCAUGACGAUGAUAUUGCGAGCGCGAGCUUAAAAUUUCAAUACAAUGAUCUGAAAAGCGACCUGUUCUUUGAGUAGGUCUACUUUUGAAUCCAUGAAGACAAUGGGUAGCUGAUCAAACGAUUUAAGUAAAUUCAUAUUUUAAUUUUACGACCUAAGAAGCGGACAUUCUGAGCACUUUUGAAAAAAUUAACAAUUUUUUUGAACCCCAGAUGAUUUGUCUUUUUUUGACACCAAAAUGGGACAUUCUAUGCACUUUUUCGUACGGGACAUUUAGAAAACAUUUGGCAGUUUUUUGACAAGAAAAACAAAAAAAUAUUCCAGUAACUAAAGGUGAUUAUCAAGUACUACCAGAGUGUAAAAAAAAAACAAGACUUAACAUGACUUGAAUUCACAUCCUGUAUAAUACAGAUUUAAAAUAGUAAUGUGCCGUACGGACGCAGAAAAAAGUGGCUUUUUCAAAAACCUCAAGUUUGUACUCUAAAGUCUGUGAGUUGGACAGAUAAUUUUCAUAGAAACUGAACUCAAAUUGAUAUUCAAUUACCCAAGAACAAACUCAUCUAUGAAAGAAAGCGAAAUAAACAUUUAUGAAUAAAUAAAGCAAAUUACAAUUUUCGAGAACAUUGUGGCGUACGGGACACUCAAAAUGUGUCGUACGGGACAUAUCUAAAUUGAAGUCAAACUUUUUUACUUUAUGUCUCUUUGACUUCUUCAAUCACUUUAUUUGGCUGAUGAUAAUGAUAAUCCUAUCAAACUAAAGACAUUCAUUAUGUUAGAAACCGCUAUUGGCUGAAUAUUUCUGUCAAUAUAUCAUAAACAAAAUAAUGUGUCGUACGGGACACUUGUGUGUCGUACAGGACACUUCUGUGUGAUAUGGGACACUUGUGUGUCGUACGGGACACUUGUGUGUUGUACAGGCGCUUGCGAGUUGUACUGGGCAGAGUAAAUAAAACAAUGAAGUUUUUAUCAAUCAGAAGGGGAGCAUUGCCCCUAAAUUCUUCCUUUUUAAUGAAAAGUCUUUUAAUAAUUAGUCAUUCAGGGCAAUAUAAUUAAGUAACCUCAAUAUAUACAAUCGGGAGCAAUAUGUUAUUAUUUUUUUCAUGAUGGGAAAUGUACAAGGGCUCACAGCAUUUUUACGAGCUGAAAAACUUGAGGUUUUGUGUGGAGUUAUAUUUUAGUGAAUUAAUUGAUGAUUUCCAAUACACUAUUUAAACAAUGAAUGAAUGAAACUGUUUGUGUAAAUUAUGGGGAUAAAAUGUUAUAAAUUUUCAUAUAAAAUGUAUAUACACAUGAUAUAUGUCACAACUGUCACUUGUAAUUCCACAAAAUAUUUUUUUUUCUAAAGAAAUGCGGUUCUACUUUUUCAAACCUUUCUGCAUUUCAUGAAACCAUAUGGCUUGUCUUAUUUUCCAGAUUUUUUUUUUACAACUUGAAAAAAAGGAAGGAGUUUCAAUACUGUAUUUAAAAAAAAUAGUGAUCAUCAAGGGAAGUCCAAAUAGAUGAUUGAUAUGUAUUUUUUUACAUCUUAUAAUAAUUCCACAUUAGCAUGCAAGAGGAAGUCAUCUUCCAGGCUAGGGUGAAUCAAUUAUAAAGGUUUUCUUGUCAUGCUCAGUGACAAAGAAAUUAACCUGCUCUGACCAAUGAAAAUCACCAGUUUAGCUGAAGGGAUUCACAAAAGAAUACGCCUACAUGAAAUCAAUUAAAAUGGUUAGAAUCACCUAUUUCAUGUUCUAUGGAGAUAAACAGAUAUUUUUUCAGUUCACUUUAUGUCAAAUCAAUUACUUGAAUUGAAAUAGGCCUACUAUAUAUAGUUUCUGAAUCCAAAUCCUGCAAUUAAAUGCAUUUAUAAAUUGUGUGUCGUACGGGACAUAUCCCGUACGACACACACUGUGUCGUACGAGACAACUUUUAAUAGGACAAUUAUUGAAAAAUGAAGGGCAGUAAUUAGAUCCUUAUGGGAUAAAUCGAUCACCCAUGGGUCAAAGAUAGAGAAACUGAUAUUGUGAUAUUGCAUCAUCAAAAAUAAAAUUGUAAGAAAAACUUUUGCAUUUUCAUGUGUUGUACGGGACAUUGCCAAAAAUAGGUUCUGAAAAAUCAGGGCUGCCCCUAUUAUGGAUCAUGAAAAUGUUGUAGAUAUUAUUUGGAACCAUCAAUGAUACAUUAUUCCAAUGACCUGCAAUAUCUUCAAUCUUCUCGUGUUUUGCCAAUAAUUGUUUCAGGCAGUGUUUGGACUUGACUAUUAGAAAAAUUAUUGAAAAUUGAAAAUUCCAUUGUUCCCCC